AUAAUUAAAUAAACAAAAAUAGCUUUAGCAAGUACAAAAUGAUAAGCAGCUUAUCAUAACCACUCUCUAUUGGACCAUUUCUUGCAUGGCGUUAUGCCCCAACACAUGCAUAUAUAUACACACACACGUUGCUCCUUCGCCUUCAUCCAGCAGCAAACAAACUCUCAAAAUCAUCAUACUUCUGUCCCAAGAAACCUCAAACCCUAACUUCCUUCCUAAGAAAACAAAAACUCUUUAAAGAGAGAGAAUGAAGUCUGUCCAGACAGAGAUUGUCGAGGGGAGCAAAGGUGCCCACCAAAGCAGUGCAAUGAACAAACGGAUAGCCAUAUUCGACUUCAUCCUGCGGAUUAUAGCUUUCUUAAACACAAUUGGUAGUGCCAUUAUCAUGGGAACCACCAAUGAAACCCUCCCUUUCUUCACCCAGUUCAUUCGGUUUCGUGCUGAGUACAAUGAUCUUCCAACCUUGACGUUCUUCGUGGUUGCAAACGCUGUUGUCAGUGGUUACCUUAUCGUGUCUCUGGGUUUUUCAUUCUUCCACAUCGUCAAGAGCAAGGCCCAAAACAGUAGAAUUCUACUUAUCUUUCUUGAUGCGGGAAUGUUGGGUCUUCUGACUUCUGGAGCAUCUGCAGCAGCAGCCAUAGUGUACUUAGCACACAAAGGGAAUAACAGGACAAACUGGUUUGCCAUCUGCCAACAGUUCAACUCUUUCUGUGAGCGCAUCUCUGGUUCUCUGAUUGGAUCCUUCAUAGCUGUUGUCCUGUUCAUACUUCUCAUUCUCCUAUCGGCCAUUACCCUUUCCCGACGCCCCUGAAAUUUAUGGUCUUUUUC